AUGUUAAAUUUUUGGGCUUUGGUUGCAGUAGCCCUGUCAGGAACUGCUAUUGCACUGCCUGUAGCUGAUGAUGCAGGAGCCUUGCUUCAGCCUCGCGACUUUUGCUUGCUUGAGGUCAUUAUUGUGGAUUUACUCAUGCUAGAUUCAAAGGCCGAUGCUUUCUGUACUAGUGUGCUGGACAUCCAAACAUCUACAAAGACUGUCACAGUCACCUCUACUCCUCCAACCACCACUGCAACUGCCACCGCAUUUACCACCGCUACCGAGACAACUACAACGACGCAGACUCUCACUUUAAUCGCUAGCGACCUCUUCACGGCGACUGAAGUUGACCUUAUUACGGUCCCAGUCACUCAGACUACUGACAUAACUGAGACUGUGUCGACUACAGUGACUGUUGACGAAACCGACACAGCUACUGUUACCGAUGUGCUUUCAGUGACAGUCACUGAUACAGUGCCCUAUACUGUCACUACAGUUGUCACUGCCACCUCAACUGAUAUUAUCUAUGACCGCCGAGAUUUGAAUCAGAAGCGUGCAAUUGCAACUCCAUCCUGUCUAAAAGCUGAAAGUGAUGCCUUCAUCACUGAAGUUUGCGAGUGCUUGCACCUAACUACACCUACUGUGACAACCACCACGACUCUGGUGAAGCCUUCCCCUGUUAUCACGAUUACAGAGACCCUUCCUGUCACAAUCACCGAGACCGACGGCGCAUCCGUCACCAAUUUCAUUACAACCGAUAUUACAAAUACCAACACUGAGACCUCUACUAUUAUUACCACCAUAAUCGAGUCUUCAUUCUUUACAGACGUGGAGUCUAGCUCAACCACUCUCGACUUCACUGCAUAUGUUACUGUGGAUGCAACAGUCACAGAAACUGCCACUGCAAUCAGUGAUAUCGUCCUCUCUGUGACAACCGAGGCCGUUGUGACCUCCACUCACACCUGUACCGCGCUCACGAUCGAGAAAUUUAUCAUCGCAGACACGGAUCAGACCACAACUGCCGAAUCAAAUUUCUAUUCUGGAAGUAACAUCGAUAUCGACACAAAUGACCUUUUCGGACCUUUCACCAACCCCUACCCUUCCACUGACUCUUGGUAUGGAGUCACUCCCAGUGUAUCGAUGCUUUUCACCUGUGAUAGUGAGCAACGUGUUUUUGUCAGCUACAAGAAUGACGGUGCCUUCAAUAUCGUUCCUGGAGCUAUGAGUCUAUCGAUCGAUACCUCCAGUAUUCUUUCAGCUCCUCCGACGGAUGAUGCCACGAUGCAGAUUUACGCUGUUAUAUGGGGUAAGGGUCUGAUUACUGACAUUAGCGUUUACGACACACUAUAUGAGUACUAUGUUAAUGGUGAUGAGUUUGAAUGGUCAAAUGACUUCUUUGGAACUGAUACUUGGGUGGGCAUGAAGAAAACCGGCGCUAUCUAUUAUCUUGAUGCUAGUGGUGACUUGCAGGUUUUGCUCGGAAGAGAGAGUACUUAUGGCACAUUUUAA